CGGCUGGAGGGGACGGCGAGCGGGCGGGAGGCGGCAGGCAGCGCCGCGCCGCGCCGAGCCGAGCGAAGGAGGGACGCGCCGGGCACGGCCGCCACCAGCCCUCCCCAAUCCUCCGUCAUCCUCCCCGCCGCGGCCGCCUGGCCCCCUGACAGCCGGCGGAGCAGCAUCCCCACACGGCCCCCUUCCCGUCAGGCACGACUGAACCAUGGAGCUUCGAGUGGGAAACAAAUAUCGGCUGGGCAGAAAGAUUGGCAGUGGUUCAUUUGGAGACAUUUACCUAGGAGCCAAUAUUGCAACUGGUGAAGAGGUGGCCAUCAAACUGGAAUGUGUCAAAACCAAGCAUCCCCAGCUCCACAUUGAAAGCAAGUUCUACAAGAUGAUGCAGGGAGGAGUGGGUAUCCCCUCCAUUAAGUGGUGUGGAGCAGAGGGGGACUACAAUGUGAUGGUGAUGGAACUCUUGGGGCCCAGCCUGGAAGAUCUCUUCAACUUCUGUUCCCGCAAAUUUAGUCUCAAGACAGUUCUGCUGCUGGCAGACCAGAUGAUCAGCCGUAUUGAGUACAUUCAUUCCAAGAACUUCAUCCAUCGGGAUGUGAAGCCAGACAACUUCCUUAUGGGCCUUGGCAAAAAGGGCAACCUAGUAUACAUCAUUGAUUUUGGUUUGGCCAAGAAGUACCGGGAUGCCCGGACCCACCAGCACAUCCCUUAUCGGGAAAACAAGAACCUGACUGGCACAGCCCGCUAUGCCUCUAUCAACACCCACCUGGGAAUUGAACAAAGUCGCCGUGAUGACCUGGAGAGCCUGGGGUAUGUGCUCAUGUAUUUCAACCUGGGCUCGCUGCCCUGGCAGGGCCUCAAGGCUGCCACCAAGCGCCAAAAGUACGAGAGGAUCAGCGAGAAAAAGAUGUCAACGCCCAUCGAGGUGCUCUGCAAAGGGUACCCUUCUGAGUUCUCAACAUACCUCAACUUCUGCCGUUCGCUGAGGUUUGAUGAUAAACCUGAUUACUCGUACCUGCGGCAGCUCUUCCGCAACCUCUUCCACCGCCAAGGCUUCUCCUAUGACUACGUCUUUGACUGGAACAUGCUUAAAUUUGGAGCAGCCCGGAACCCUGAGGAUAUGGAUCGGGAGCGGCGAGAGCACGAGCGGGAGGAGAGGAUGGGGCAGCUCCGAGGGUCAGCCACACGAGCACUGCCCCCUGGCCCACCUGCCGGAGCCACUGCCAACCGUCUCCGCAAUGUCACCGAGCCCAUGGCCUCCACCCCCACCUCCCGAAUCCAGCAGUCCGGCAACACGUCCCCCAGAGCAAUCUCAAGAGUGGACAGGGAGCGGAAGGUCAGCAUGAGGUUACACCGAGGAGCUCCUGCCAACGUCUCCUCAUCUGACCUCACAGGGCGGCAAGAAGUGUCACGGAUUUCAGCAUCACAGACAAGUGUGCCAUUUGAUCACCUUGGGAAGUGAGGAGCAAUUGCCACUGGACCAGUGUUUGCUUAGGUGAGCCUGUACUCAUGCUUGGGAAACCCUGAGAGGGAAUUGCUGGGAAAAAAAGCCUUAAGUUAAAACUUUAUGUUCUUAUGGGGGAUUGGUAUAUUUCCUUUCCUUUCACCUUACUUUGAGAUGUCUUUUGGCUUCAGAGGGAAGAAUAAGGUUGGCUGCCAAAACUUUGAGGAAACAGAUUGUCUUAGGUGUAAAGGUAGCUUACAGUUCUCCACAAGGAUAGGAAGGGUGGAGAAGGUGCUGGGCUGGGGAGCCAUUUCGUUACUUCCUCAUGAAUGCUUUUCUGGCAGUGUGACAGUGUUGGGGUGGAGGGUGCUGAGCAGGUAAUCAAGUGUGCAAGACUUUGUACAGCAACUGAGUGCCUCUUGUAGGGGAAACGACAGUAGAUGGGCAAGGUAACUCUGAGGAGAGGCAGGAGUGUAGAAGAAAGGGCUGAUUUGAUUUGUUACACUCCAGCUGGCAAUGGAAGUGCUGGGAAGAGCUUUUACUCCUAACAUCUCUUGCCUUUUUCUCUCUUUUGAAUUCUCUUUUUAGUGUCUUCACUGUAUUUUUCUUUUAAAAAACAAAAAACCCAAAAAACAAACAAAAACCUUAAAAAAAAAAAGACAAAAAAAAACCAAACAAAAAAACCCAACAGAAUUUCUUUUUGCCAACGAUGAGGAGUGGAGCUGUGCCCCCGCGCUGGUGUGAGCCGUGUCCAGAGGGCCGCCUGUCCCUGGCGUGAGCGCCUCCGAGGAGCUGCGACGACGU